AUGGCCGGGAAUGAUGGAUGGAUGAAUGGACUGGAGGCCUUCUUUCAAGGUGCUCUGGGUGGUGACACAAUGCCUCGGUCUUUGUUCUCGGCGCCAAUGACGCUGUUGCAUUCAGAUGAUUUUUCUCGAGACAAACUCGCUCCCACCUAA